UAUAGUCUUAAAGAAUGUUGCACCCAGUAUGACUAUGAGUGUGGCAUACACCCAGAGUCAACCAAGCACACUCAUGCUUGUACCACGCAAGAUGUCAAAGCAAUGUUAACUAUCGUGCAACAGGCUAAACCUUUUCAGUACCAAAAAUGUAGAACACUUCAUUCAUUUCCAAAUGUAACAAAGAGUCCUCUUGACCAGUUGGAUGUAGCACUGCUUAACACCUGGCUGACAAACCACAAGCACAAGCUUUUUUCUGGUAUCCAUGACUGCAAUGAGGAAGACAAUGAUGAGGAGAAUGAAUUGAGUGAUGGUGAUGAAAACACACCAGAAGAAGAUGAUUUGGAUGAUUAA